AUUCUGGUACCAAGCCUCAGACACAGAGAACUGGAAGAUAAAGCUCAGUAGAGGGAACUCCAGCCUCACACAGAAAUAGAGGACCAUAGUUAUAGCACAUAGGCUACUCUGAGUAAAGGUACAGGAAGCAGGAGGAUAUUCUUUUUUUAUUAUUCUUUUUUUUUUUUCUCCCUUUUCAGUUCUAGGAAUGAAUACAGUGUAAUUGAGAAUCUUACACCUUUAAUAUCAUUUGCAUUGGGAUUACCAAGAGAUCUGGAAGCUACCUGGAUCCUGUCCAGGACUUUGCUGAUUAAGGGCUCUCUGCACUCUAGGUUGGAAACGUGACUUGUAUUUGCCAGCAUGGCUGUGAAAGGCUGCUUAGGCUUCCCAUUGUGGCUCAGAGCUGGAUUGUGGUUUCUGGCUUGGAGCGCUAUUUGCCAGGUCUGUGCCAAUGGCUGCCCAGCAUUAUGUACCUGCAGUGGGACCACAGUGGAUUGUCAUGGUCUGGGACUAAAAACGGUUCCAAAAAACAUCCCAAGGAACACAGAAAGGCUAGAACUGAAUGGCAACAACAUUACACGCAUCACUAAGAAUGACUUCUCCGGACUCAAGCAGCUGCGAGUUUUACAACUAAUGGAAAAUCAGAUCGUCAGUGUGGAGCGUGGAGUUUUUGAUGACAUGAAGGAACUCGAGAGAUUACGCUUGAAUCGAAACCAGCUGCACACACUGCCUGAGCUUCUGUUUCAGAAUAACCAGGCCCUUUCACGACUAGACCUUAGUGAAAACGUUAUCCAGGCAAUUCCAAGGAAAACCUUCAGAGGGGCUACCGAACUUAAAAACCUUCAGCUGGACAAAAACCAAAUCAGCUGUAUUGAAGAUGGCGCAUUUCGGGCACUAAGAGGGUUGGAAGUAUUAACCCUCAAUAACAACAACAUUACCACAAUUCCAGUAUCCAGCUUCAACCAUAUGCCCAAGUUACGGACAUUCCGUUUGCAUUCCAACAACUUGUUUUGUGAUUGUCACUUGGCCUGGCUGUCUCAGUGGCUUCGCCAGCGACCAUCCAUUGGUCUCUUCACGCAAUGCACUGGGCCACUACAGCUUCGUGGACUCAAUGUGGCAGAGGUUCAGAAGCACGAGUUCAGCUGCUCAGGUCAAGCAGAUUCUUCCAGCACCCAGAUCUGCAGUCUUUCCAUAGGUUCGUGCCCGGCCAUGUGUACCUGCAGUAAUGGGAUUGUAGAUUGCAGGGGUAAAGGUCUGACAGCGAUACCGGCAAAUCUCCCGGAAACCAUGACCGAAAUACGUUUGGAGCUGAAUGGAAUAAAAUCUGUCCCACCAGGGGCUUUCUCACCGUAUAAGAAACUGCGCAGAAUAGACCUUAGUAACAACCAGAUCUCAGAGAUUGCUCCGGAUGCAUUUCAUGGUCUUCGCUCUCUUAAUUCUCUAGUUUUAUACGGCAACAAGAUUACAGACCUUCCCAAGGGUGUGUUCAGUGGCCUCCAUGCCUUGCAGCUGCUACUUCUGAAUGCCAACAAAAUAAACUGCAUUCGUGCGGACACCUUCCAGGACUUACAGAACCUCUCUCUAUUGUCCUUGUAUGACAACAAGAUACAGAGUUUGGCCAAAGGAACAUUUACUGCCCUCCGUGCUAUCCAGACACUGCAUUUAGCACAGAACCCUUUUAUCUGUGACUGCAACCUGAAAUGGCUGGCAGAUUUCCUGAGAACAAAUCCCAUAGAAACAAGUGGUGCACGGUGCGCUAGUCCGCGCCGUCUUGCCAACAAACGCAUUGGGCAAAUAAAAAGCAAGAAGUUCAGAUGUUCAGCAAAGGAACAAUAUUUCAUUCCUGGAACAGAGGAUUAUCAGCUAAAUAGUGAAUGCAACAGUGAUGUUGUGUGUCCACCAAAGUGCCGCUGUGAAUCAAACGUGGUAGAUUGCUCAAAUCUGAAGCUCACCAAAAUCCCUGACCGCAUCCCUCAGUCCACUGCAGAGCUACGAUUGAACAACAACGAAAUCAGUGCUAUAGAAGCAACUGGGCUUUUCAGGAAACUUCCGCACCUUAAAAAAAUCAACCUGAGUAGCAACAAAAUCUCAGAAAUUGAAGAUGGAGCGUUUGAAGGCUCGGCAGCAGUCAGCGAGUUACACCUGACAGCCAAUCAUCUAGAAUCUGUGCGCAGUGCCAUGUUCAGAGGUCUUGAAGGUCUGCGGACACUAAUGCUAAGAAAUAACCGUGUCAGUUGUGUACACAACGACAGCUUCACAGGUCUCCGGAAUGUCCGACUUCUGUCCCUUUAUGAUAACCAAAUCAGCACCAUAUCUCCAGGAGCGUUUGAUACGUUGCAGUCACUCUCCACUUUGAACUUGUUGGCCAAUCCAUUUAAUUGUAACUGCCAGCUUGCUUGGCUAGGGGACUGGCUGAGAAAGAGGAAGAUUGUGACGGGAAAUCCCCGCUGUCAAAACCCAGACUUCUUAAGACAAAUUCCACUGCAGGAUGUUGCCUUCCCAGACUUCAGAUGUGAAGAAGGUCAGGAGGAGCUGAGUUGUGCCCCUCAGCCUCAAUGCCCACAGGAGUGCACCUGCUUGGAUACAGUUGUACGUUGUAGCAACAAACAUUUGUUAUCUCUGCCUAAAGGGAUCCCAAAGAACGUUACCGAGCUAUACCUGGAUGGCAACCAAUUCACUAUGGUACCUGGGCAGCUGUCAACAUUUAAAUAUUUACAGCUGGUGGAUUUGAGCAACAAUAAAAUCAGUUCCUUGAGCAACUCAUCUUUUACCAACAUGAGUCAACUCACCACCUUGAUACUUAGUUAUAAUUCCCUACGGUGCAUACCUUCCUUGGCUUUUGAGGGUCUUCGUUCCCUGAGACUACUGUCUGUGCAUGGAAAUGACAUCUCCACUCUGCCAGAGGGGAUCUUUUCUGAUGUUACGUCUCUUUCUCAUCUAGCAAUUGGUGCUAAUCCAUUAUACUGUGACUGUAAUUUGCGAUGGCUCUCAAACUGGGUAAAAACUGGUUACAAAGAACCUGGAAUUGCCCGUUGCACUGGACCAGCAGAAAUGGAUGGAAAGCUUCUACUGACCACACCUGCAAAAAAAUUUGAAUGCAAUGGACCUCCAAAUGUAAACAUCCAGGCUAAGUGUCACCCCUGUCUCUCAAACCCAUGUCGGAACCAAGGAACCUGCCAGAACGAUGCUGUAGAGUAUUACAGGUGCAUAUGUCCAUCUGUGUUCAAGGGCAAAAAUUGUGAAAUUUCCCUCAACGCCUGCUCCAGUAAUCCGUGUGAAAACCAUGGAGUUUGCCAUCCCAAGGAUGAUUUGAGUGGAUUUAUGUGCACCUGUGCUGAGGGAUUCGAAGGACUAACAUGUGCUGUGAACAAAGAUGACUGCAAAUACAGUGACUGUGAAAACGGAGGCAGCUGUAUAGAUGGAAUAAAUAAUUAUACCUGCUUAUGUCCUGCGCAGUACACAGGGGAAUAUUGUGAGCACUUGGUGGAUUUUUGUUCUGCAGAAAUGAAUCCUUGUCAAUUUAAUUCCAAAUGCAUUGCAACUGCAGAUGGGCCAAAGUGUGAGUGUGCUCCAGGCUACACAGGAGAUAACUGCAGUCUAAAUUACGAUGACUGCAAGGACCAUCGCUGCCAGAACAAUGCGCAGUGCGUGGAUGAGGUCAAUGGCUAUUCAUGUAUCUGCAUGGAGGGCUUCAGUGGUCAGCUUUGUGAAAUGCCAUCUUCAUUGCCAAGCCCAUGUAAACUAGCUGAGUGCCAGAAUGGUGCCAACUGCAUUGAGUUGGGAAACAGUGCUGUGUGCCAUUGUCUCCCAGGAUUUGGUGGUACCAAGUGUGAGAAACUCCUAAGUGUAAACUUUGUUGAUAGAGACACCUACCUGCAAUUUACAGAUCUGCAGAACUGGCCUCGUGCAAACAUCACUCUUCAGGUCUCCACGGCAGAAGAUAAUGGAAUUCUUCUAUACAAUGGUGACCAUGACCAUAUGGCUGUAGAGUUAUACCAAGGUCAUGUGAGAGUGAGUUAUGACCCUGGAAGCUUUCCAAGCUCGGCCAUCUACAGCGCGGAGACUAUCAAUGACGGACAAUUCCAUACAGUAGAAUUGGUUACCUUUGACCAGAUGGUAAAUCUUUCUAUUGAUGGUGGGGCGCCUAUGACAAUGGAUAACUUUGGAAAACAUUACACUCUUAACAGUGAAGCACCUUUGUAUGUAGGAGGAAUGCCAGUAGAUGUUAAUUCAGCAGCUUUCCGAUUAUGGCAAAUCCUUAACGGAUCCAGUUUUCACGGCUGUAUUCGCAAUCUCUAUAUCAACAAUGAGCUGCAAGAUUUUACUAAAACCCAGAUGAAGCCUGGCGUUGUACCGGGUUGUGAACCAUGCCGGAAACUGUUUUGUCUUCAUGGCAUAUGCCAGCCCAACGCUGCCAAUGGACCUCUUUGCCACUGUGAUGCAGGAUGGAUAGGUCCACACUGUGAUCAGCAGUCACAUAACCCCUGUCAGGGGCAUAAAUGUGUCCAUGGAACCUGUAGGCCGCUUGAUGCAUUAACCUACAGCUGUUUGUGCCAAGAUGGCUACAAGGGUGCUCUGUGUAACCAACAAGCAGAGCUGUAUAAUCCAUGCAAGAAUUUGCAGUGUCAGAAUGGCCGCUGUCAGAUCUCAGACCUGGGUGAAGCCUACUGCGAGUGUGACAAUGGUUAUGUGGGAGAUGUUUGUGACCAAGAGUCGGAAUGUAGAGGUGAGCCUGUCCGUGAUUAUUACCAAGUCCAGAGAGGUUAUGCCAUCUGCCAAACAACUCGCACAGUUUCUUGGAUAGACUGCCGCGGUUCCUGCCAAAAUCAUGGCUGCUGCACCGGAUUACGCAUGAAGCGUAGGAAGUACAUGUUUGAGUGCAGCGACGGAUCCUCUUUUGUCGAAGAUGUGGAGAAGCCGACCAAAUGUGGAUGUGCUCCGUGCAUGUAGGACAAACUAAAACUUGGUUGUGCAAGAAGUUUGGACCAGAUGAAAAAAAAAAUCAAGAACAGAACAUAAAACAAAAGCAAAACAAAAAAAAAUGAAAUUCUGGACAAUGAAUUCUGUAAAACUUGACUUUUCUUCCCUUUCAGAUGUGUGAACAUCUUGAUGUCUGUGGCAUUUAAAGUUAUAUGUAUAAACAGUACCUAUUACAUUAAGAGACACACACACAUGCUGACUGGUUGUAUAGUGUUGUAAUCAUUGAAAAAAGGUAAAAAAGAAGGUAUAUAUGUAGAGGGUAAAAAUGUGUAGAUAGAGAUUUUUUAAAAAAAACACACAAAAUGUAUUUAUACACAAUGUGGAUAGAUUUACAUGGAAUACGAAGGAAGGUUUAUGUCUAUUUUUAUUUUUUAUUAUUAUUAUUUUAAUUUUUUUUGAAUAUAGGUCAUUUUUGUAACCAUUGUGGCAGUAUUGCAUCCUACUUGUGUAGUUCAGUUUAUUCUGAAAAUUAACAUUCUCACCUCUUUUCUUUUCUGUCAGAAUUAUGUUAAAGGGAUAUUAAACAGUGCUCCUUUGGGAAAAAAAAUAUGUGAAAUCAAAGUAAAUAUACAACGAAAAAGAUAUUGUAAAACAGCAAAUAACUUACUUGUUUUCUUGCAAAAUUAGCACUUAGAUAUUCUCAGUGUAGCCCCUGCCCCCCAAUGUUUUAAGAGCAAAGGAUUUUCAAUCACCAAGCGCUACCCAGGAUCCUGAACCAAAAUUGGGCAGGCUCCUAAGCUUUACAUUCUUGCUUUUUCAAAUAAAGAUACCUACAGAACGAAGAAAAAUUGAUAAUAGGAGUAAUUUAGAAAGCUGCUUAAAAUUGCAUGCUCUAUCUGAAUCAUUAAAGAAAAAAAAUUGGGUUUCAUAUCCCUUUAAGUAUAAGCAACUGCUUAGUGCUUUUUUAUUACAACAAUUAAACAGACUGUUUAAAAUCCCUUUAAGAAUUAGUGGGAAGGCACACUGGGGCAUAUGUAUAAAGUAACUGCAAAGCAUUUCUGGUGCACAAAUCGUCUACCUUAUGUUCAACAGAAGAUAAUUUCUUUGAUGCUAGACUGUAUUCUUUAUACAUGUGGUUUGUUUGUUUUAAAUAAGAAUUACUGAACUUUAACUUUUAUAUAAUUAAGGAAAGGUUACUUCCAUGCAGAAAUGGUCUAAGGUUUUCAACAUUCCAGGCAGCUGACUAGGGGUUCCAUCUUGUAUCCAGGGAUCUAUAUUAAAGGGACAUAAAAACAUCUUGCUUUAUGUAAUACUUGUGCUUUGUCUGGCACUCCUUAGAGAGGGCAAAAAUCAAAUUCUGUAACAUAUGGUUUUAAAAUGCUGCAAAUUUCCUGAACCAGCUAUUUGAUUCACAGAAUUUGCAGUUUAAGGAGUUUGCUUUUUGGCUUUUAGGGAGCGUGUGGCAUGCAGAACUGUACACAAAAGACAGAAGUGUUUAAAGGGACUUAAAACAAGUUGGGAUAGGGACAAAAUAUAUAAAUAUAUUCUUUAAUUACUUUACCUGCAAAUGUAUACUGCAGUGCCUCACCAUUAACCUUUUCUUUUUAGUUUCUGAAUUGUGAAGCUCUAACUCCCCCCCACACAUUUCCUUCUAUGGCUGUAUCUAUAUCUAUUGUUGUUUUGGUAGAAUACAAAAAUGCAUAGGGUUUAUCUGCUGGAGCAUGACUAGAAGUUGUGAGCUCAGUUGAAAUGCAAUGCCUGUGUCUAAACACUGGUAAGGGUGGGCGGAGUUGGCUUCUCCAGGCAGCUUAGCUAUGUAAUUCAUUUUGCUUAUUUUUGUAAAUUAUUUUAAAAUACUUGCCAGCAAUAUUUAAACAAUUUUUUAUGCAAACUAUUACUAAUUAAUUAGCCCUUUUAGGAUAUGCACAGAUCUUAACCUGUUUUAUGUCCCUUUAAUGUCCUUUUAAAUUAACAAUGAAAGAAGCAUCAUGUUAAAAUGCAGUUUGCAAGUUAGUCCCUUGUACCAUAUUCAAGAUGUUCCAGCAGCUGCCUGUGAUAUACAUGCAAACAGUGUUUCCUCUAAGAGUAUGGCCCAGCAGUGAAACAGUUAAUAAGAGAACCUUACCUUACAGUCUACAUUGUGCAUUGUUUGUUAAUUGCAGGGUGCGGUUACCUAAUUAACUGUUUCACUGAUGGGCCGCCCACAAAACUGGCCUUAGAGGGAACACUGCAUACAAAUAUACAGUUAAUGGGAGACACCCAAAUAUUUCUUGACUUGGAUAAUAUUUAAGUCCACUACUGCAGUAGCUAAAUAAAGUCCAAUAUAUGCAUUAAAUGGACAUUAAACAAAAAAAUAUAUAUACUGCAGUUAUUUUAAAAUGUUUUUUGCAUGAGAAUUUUUUUUUUUCAUGAUUCAGAUAGAGCAAGCAGUUUUAAGCAACUUUCUAAUUUACUCCUAUUAUCAAAUUUUCUUUAUUCGCUUGCUAUCAUUAUUUGAAAAAGCAGAAAGGUAAGGUUAGGAGCCGGGCCUAUUUUUGGUUCAGCACCUGGGUAGCACUUGCUGAUUGGUGGCUACAUUUAGACCAAAAAUGGGCCGGCUCCUAAGCUUACAUUAUUGCUUUUUCAAAUAAUGAUAGCAAAAGAAGAAAGACAAUUUGAUAAUAGGAGUAAAUUAGAAAGUUGCUUAAAAUUGCAUGCUCUAUCUGAAUCAUGAAAGAAAAAAAUUGGGUUUAGUGUCCCUUUAAAGCUGUUCAAUCUAAUUUUGAAAUUAGUGGGCUACUGCAGAAUACAUCCUCAUUGGCUGAUUGGGACAUUUCUCACAGCUUAGUUUAUAGGCAAGGACAAAAUACAGUUUAAAUCAGGAUAAGAACAUACAUUUUUAUAAAUAUUAUUUAUCAUACCCUUAUUUAAAUAUCAACAAAGGAAAAAUGACUAAUAUUUGGGAUAUAUGGAGCAAGUUUGUGGAACGAAACAAAUUUAGGGAGAAUGUGAAGGACUUAAAAAUUGAAGCUCAUUUCAUGUACAGUUAUCAACCUUAAGCAUUUGGAAAAGCAGAUGUAUCUGCAUUAGUGCACUUUCUUUUCAGUACCUUUAAUUUUUUUACCCAUGUUCAAAUUGCAAUUUAUCUGUGAUACGGUAGUAAAAAAUUUGGGGUAUUAUUUAUCAGUGUCAAAACUCCCAUAACAAUCAGUGGCGGUUCUAUGCAUCUCCAAGCGCACGUGUUGCACCCCAGUUGACCUGCAAAGAGCAGCGCAUGCUCUGACAAGCAGCUUCGUACAGGGAGAAAAAUAUAUACGCACCACUUGACACAAUGUAUUAAAAAAACAGGAAGGUUUCAGGCAAAUAUUUGUUUGUCUUCUGUAAAUCAUCAGAUAAGUCGUUGCUUUUUUUUCCUGUCAGAUAAGAUUUCAUUUGUAUUGUUUUUUCUGUUGCUCUAUGUAAUUAAAUCUGCUUGUUAUUAAUGCAACAUGUUUGUUUAGUAGUAAGUUAACCUCUUGGCAGUGCGUUACAGUUCUCUUCAGCAGCCAAGGUGUUAAUUUUGCAUACUGCACAUUAUAAUCUUACACAAUAUUUGUAAAGAUUUGGGUGAAAAAAAAAAAAUUUCAGAAGCUGAAAUAUCCAAAAAUUGCCUCAGUGAUCUGUUUAAAGAUCGAAAGGGUUUCAUGAAUGCCAUAUACCUUCUCAUGUUAGGUGCAAUUAAUAAACAUGCUAAACGUCUUGAAAGUU